CUUGAUUUCAGGAGCUUCACAAUCAGCGAUGCCCAGUGAUGAAGGACAGCUUUCUCUCUUGGCUGACCAGAAUGGCCCUGGUGGGCCGGAAAUGCAGACUCUCCUUUCCGGGUCACCCUCGCAAGACCACGAGCUUGUAACCCAUACGACCCCGGCUAGCUCGACUCCCCGCGGACAGCCGCACCAGUCUUCUAUAUCUCAGCCGGCACCAGAAGGACAACGCCGCACUCCCCGAACGCUGAACCGUGUUCGAUUUGAUCUCGAUUCCGAUACCGAAGAUGAGCACCGCUCCAAUGGUCACUCCCGCGCCUCAGAAGACUCAUGGCUGGAGGAAGAGGAUUAUGGCCGCGCGGACCGCAAUCGGUCAGCAAGGCAAAUGGUUCCUCUCCUGACAGACAUAGAGGCCCCAAGCGUGACCCUGGCUACUUCUGAUGAAUUCUUUCCCGAAGAACACCUAGAAAAUGCGAGACCAAGGAGCGGGAUGCGCAUGGCGUUCAUGAACAUGGCCAACAGCAUCAUAGGAGCUGGUAUCAUAGGGCAGCCUUACGCGCUCCGGCAGGCUGGCAUGAUAAUGGGGAUAGCGCUCCUGGUCGCCCUCACUAUUGCGGUGGAUUGGACAAUUCGUCUUAUAGUGGUCAACUCGAAAUUGAGCGGCGCGGACUCUUUCCAGGCGACAAUGCAGCAUUGUUUUGGCAAGAGUGGACUCAUCGCCAUAUCGGUUGCUCAGUGGGCUUUUGCGUUUGGUGGGAUGAUAGCAUUCUGUAUUAUCGUUGGAGAUACCAUACCGCAUGUGUUGAGUGCUAUAUUCCCUUCUCUUCGAGAUAUGUCGUUCCUCUGGCUCUUGACCGACAGAAGAGCCAUUAUCGUCCUUCUUGUCCUCGGCAUCUCGUAUCCACUGUCUCUCUAUCGGGACAUUGCCAAGUUGGCAAAGGCGUCUACAUUGGCGUUGAUCAGUAUGAUAAUUAUCGUGGUAGCUGUGAUUACCCAGGGUUUUCGUGUACCCCCAGAAUCACGCGGGGAAGUGAAGAGCCUACUCUUGAUUAAUAGUGGGUUCUUCCAGGCUGUUGGAGUUAUAUCAUUCGCUUUCGUAUGCCACCACAAUAGUCUCCUAAUCUACGGUUCCUUGAAGAAGCCGACCAUGGACCGAUUUGCGAGGGUGACUCAUUACUCGACCGGUGUUUCGCUUUUGAUGUGUCUAGCUAUGGGCGUUUCUGGAUUCCUUUUCUUCGGGUCGCAGACCCAAGGAAAUGUCCUCAACAAUUUCCCAUCCGAUAACAUUCUGGUUAAUAUAGCUCGACUAUGCUUCGGCUUGAACAUGCUGACUACCUUACCACUCGAGGCAUUUGUAUGUCGAUCAGUUAUGACAACUUAUUACUUCCCCGACGAGCCGUUCAACAUGAAUCGACACCUAAUCUUCACAACCGCCUUGGUUGUUACGGCUAUGGCUAUGGCCUUGAUUACCUGCGACCUCGGUACAGUGUUCGAACUGAUUGGCGCGACUAGCGCUGCAGCACUGGCCUAUAUUUUCCCUCCCCUUUGCUAUAUAAAGCUGAGCAAUGCCUCGCACAAAGCCAAGAUUCCCGCAUAUGCGUGUAUUGUGUUUGGAGUAACUGUAAUGGGGGUCAGUCUGUUGCAGGCAACAAUGAAGAUGAUAAGCAAUGAAGGUGGCGCAAGCACUUGCAGUGCCCAGUGAAAAAUUUUCUAUAUCUAGUAUGCGACUAUCUGUAUGCUUACUUUCCUGUACGAUAGACUUCGUUUCUUCCCGGCUGUCCCGAUACAGGUGUACAUACAAUCGUGCUGCCGGCAUAUUUUUCUCAAUCAUCCUUUUUUCUUUCUACCCUUUUCUCCUAUCACCUUUCAUCUGUUUCGGAGAGUCACCAGUGUUACUAGACAGAUGGCAUUGAAAUCCACCUACAAAAGCCCAGAACCCCUGGCCAAGGCCCAAUAGUCCGUACCCGAAUGUUGGCUGUUACCUCCACUUGACUCACUGAGAGGACACUGGAGCGUUGCUUUUUGUUCCACCAUUUUAGGUGUGAUGGCUUAAACCUAUCCAAUCAGUCUAGGCUCUCCCCCUGUAGUGCAAAUCUGCGUUUGCAUUCUGCAACAACCCAUUUUCCACCAUUCAAAGUUUCAC